GGGGUGCGGCGGGGGGAUUCGUGAAGGGCGACAAUGGAGAGCCGGGCCGGGGACGCGAACCGGGACGCGAGAGAUCUGGGGUCGUCACGGCCCCCCACCGUGCUGGAACGAUACUUCACCCGCUAUUACAAGACAGAUAUGAAAGGCAAGGCUUGCGAAGACCACUGCGUCCUGCAGCACUCCAACAGGAUUUGCGUGAUCACCGUGGCCGAGUCGCAUCCCGUGCUGGGCGGGGGGCGCGACGUCGCCGCCGUGGAUUACCAGAUCAGCGCCGGUUGCAGCCGCCUCGACAACCGCGUCUCCGGGAAGAGCAAGCGGGGCGGGCAGUUUCUCACCGAGUUCUCUCCUCUGUGCCGCAUCACCUGCACGAACGGGGAGCAGUACACGAUCUACAGCUGCAUCCGCGGGCGACUCGUGGAAGUGAACGAGAACCUCAUCGCAAAUCCGCACCUCGUCAGAGACAAGCCGUCGUGCGAGGGCUACAUCGCCGUCGUGCUGCCCAAGUUUGAGGAGAGCAAGAGCGUGACCAGCGGCCUCUGCGACCACGCCGAGUACCUGCGGGUGGUGGCGACGCGCGCUGCCGCCGCCGCCGCCGUCCCUGCUGACGGUGACGUCACCGCCGGAAGCGCCGCCGCCGCCGCGACCCCAAGCGCCGACGGUCCGACCGACGAUGAAGUUUGCGAAACCGAUGGAGCCAAGACGGAAGUGCAAGACGUCGUCUCUCAGAGCGACGUGUCUAAGCCCGACGCGUGUACGGUCGACGGCGGUGAGAUUGACACCUGUAAGAUCGGUGUCUAGAUGACCGACGUCUUGCGGUGGCCGCUGUUGUUGCCUCUGUGCGAGCGACGCCUGUGACCGCCGGUGUCUGUGACGACGAUGCCGCCAGUACGAUGAGAUCGUCCCGGCCGUCGCCGAGUUUUCCGUGAGCAUCGAGGUAGCUUUUUAUUUCCGUUUAAAUUUGUCGACGAUGUUGUUACUGCUGCCGAAGACAGCCCCCCCCCACCCCCCAGUGUUCUGGCUCAUUCACAAAAAAAUGCACUGGCCGUGUUUCUUUUGAUAUAUCUACUGUUGGUUUAUUUCACUAAAUACUUCGGCAUCGCGGGACGAAGAUUUUUUUCAGACCUCUCGCAGACAGCGGUGCAACCACUUCCUGUUAAAAAACAGCGCGCAAAAGCGGAUGUCGCACAACUACCUCCGAGAUCCGUUGAGGCGACCGUGACCGGUGCUGAGUGCAUCGGUUCGCUGCACUCGAGAAGCCGGUUUCAUCGGGAGGCAACGGCUGGAACCCGGAUUCGAACCCAGGUUCCCGGCGGUGCCGGCCCUGUCGUCCUCUGACCUCCGAGGCAGCCGGCCACCACCACAGAAAUAUCCAAGUGAAUUAGCUGUUCGCUGCAUCUGAAAUGUUAUUAAAAAAAUCUCCCUUUUGUCA